AUGACGCUGAAGAAAUGGGACGCAAAUCCUUCAACCUUAGAAUCUGUGUUAGAAGAACUGAAAUCAGACGAAUCAAACCGUAACAAGAUCAAUUUCAUUCUCUUCCUCGCAAACGAUGAUCCUACCACCAAUCGAAGCUGGUGUCCAGAUUGUGUUAGAGCUGAACCUGUGAUAUACAAGAAUCUAGAGGAAUCGGCGGAGGAAGUGAAUCUUAUUAGGGCUUACGCCGGAGAUAGGCCGACCUGGAGGAAUCCGGUUCAUCCGUGGAGAGUUGAUCCUCGGUUUAAGCUAACCGGAGUACCAACACUUGUUCGCUGGGAUGGAGAUUGUGUUAAGGGUCGUCUUGAGGACCAUCAAGCUCAUGUUGCUCAUUUGAUUGUCCCUCUUCUUGUAUCUUCAGUUUCUGGUGUGCCAACCACUUGA